UUAAGACAGGAGUUCUGUGAACUUGAGCUUCUGGAUGAAAUUACCAAACUGCGGUAUAACAAGAAGUUACCAAAGAAAAUACAGGGCAAUACAAGAAAUGCAUUGAUAUAUUCUUACCGCAAAUGGAAAGGUUCACUACAUAUUCCCAAAACAAUGCAUGCUGCAUUAAAGUGGUCAGAAUCCUUGCCAUAUGAGCUGAAUGAUUCACCUGAGGAUAGUGCUUGGCAGAUGUUAAUCAAGCCAAGUAAAAAAGCCAAAAAUGCGGAAGAAAAGGCA